GUCCUCUUUACCAUCCUCCUCGACGUGAGAGCUGUGCAAUUUUCAGCGUUCGUUAAUGGCGAAGGUAUAGAUCGAUACACGAUAUCGUGUUUAGGGUGAACAAGAAAAAGCUUCUUCGGAAGAAUAUGGAGGACGAGGCGGAGAUAUACGAUGGCAUCAGAGCUCAAUUCCCUCUCACAUUCGGGAAGCAAUCGAAAGCUCAGACCUCUCUCGAAGCCAUCCAUAACACCACUCGUCGUAACACUUUAGCGACUGUUUCAGAAAAAUCUUCUUCCGCUCAGAAUAACAAUGGUCUCCCUUCUAUCUCUUCCUCCUCCAAAGCCUGGCUCAACUCACUUCGCACUUCCAAAAACCCUAACACACAUGUUUCGGGCGAUUCUGGACCUAUUGGGAUCACGCGUGACGUUGACGCUGACGAUGGUCCGAGGAUUGGCCCGCCUCGCCCGCCCACGGAGUUGAAAUUGAAUGAUGACAGCGAUGACAACGAUGAUGAUGAUGCAAUGGUUGGGCCUCCGCCGCCGCCGCCGCGUGGCGAGGGUUCGGAUGAUGAUGAGGAUCACGACGGGGAAAUGAUUGGACCACCACGUCCACCGCCGAGAUCGAAUUUGGAUGAUUCGGAUGUGGAGGAGGAAGAAUAUGAGGAGAAUCGGUAUCGAAUUCCGCAGAGCAACGAGAUUGUGCUCAAAGGACAUACGAAGGUGGUUUCUGCUCUUGCUGUUGACCACACUGGGUCUAGAGUUCUUUCUGGUAGUUAUGACUAUACGGUACGUAUGUAUGACUUUCAAGGGAUGAAUUCUCGUUUGCAAUCCUUCAGACAGCUGGAACCAUUUGAAGGUCACCAAAUUCGUAAUCUUAGCUGGAGCCCAUCUGCUGACCGCUUUUUGUGUGUGACGGGCUCAGCUCAAGCCAAGAUUUAUGACCGUGAUGGACUUACUCUAGGAGAGUUUAUGAAGGGCGAUAUGUAUAUACGUGAUCUCAAGAACACUAAGGGGCACAUAUCUGGACUGACUUGUGGAGAAUGGCAUCCUAAAAAUAAAGAGACGAUUUUGACAUCAUCAGAAGAUGGAUCCCUGCGAAUAUGGGAUGUAAAUGACUUCAAAAGUCAAAAGCAGGUUAUCAAACCAAAGUUGGCUAGGCCGGGUAGGAUUCCAGUGACGACAUGUGCUUGGGAUCGUGAAGGAAAAAGCAUCGUGGGUGGCAUGGGUGAUGGUUCUAUUCAGAUAUGGAACCUUAAGCCUGGAUGGGGAAGCAGGCCAGACAUACACGUUGAAAAUAGUCAUUCAGACGAUAUCACUGCUCUUAAGUUUUCAAGUGAUGGGACAAUUUUACUGUCAAGAAGCCUUGAUGGAUCACUGAAGGUUUGGGAUUUGCGCCAGAUCAAAAAACCUCUCAAGGUGUUUGAUGAUCUCCCAAAUAACUAUGCCCAAACAAAUAUUGCAUUUAGUCCUGAUGAGCAACUCUUUCUGACUGGAACAUCUGUCGAGAAAGAGAGCCAAACGGGCGGUCUGCUCUGCUUCUAUGACAGGACAAAGCUGGAGCUUGUUUCUAGGGUAGGAAUAUCCACUACUAGUGUUGUGCAGUGUGCUUGGCACUCAAAGCUAAAUCAGAUAUUUGCUACUUCUGGAGACAAAAGCCAGGGAGGAACACACAUAUUGUAUGAUCCAACACUAAGUGAGAGAGGAGCUCUAGUUUGUGUUGCCCGUGCACCAAGGAAAAAAUCUGUUGAUGAUUUUGAGGCCAAACCUGUUAUUCACAACCCGCAUGCCCUGCCUUUAUUUAGAGACGCACCGAGCCGAAAGCGACAGCGUGAGAAGAUACUCAAGGACCCACUUAAGUCUCAUAAACCCGAACUCCCGAUUACUGGACCGGGCUUCGGAGGAAGGGUUGGUGUUACCCAAGGAAGCUUAUUAACCCAGUAUCUUAUGAAGCAAGGAGGCAUGAUUAAGGAGACAUGGAUGGAGGAAGAUCCAAGAGAAGCCAUUCUGAAGUAUGCUGAUGUUGCAGCAAAGGAUCCGAAGUUCAUUGCACCUGCCUAUUCGCAUACUCAGCCUGAACCUGUUUUUGCGAAGUCCGAUUCCGAGGAGGAAGAUAAAUGAUCUUAUGUAAUGCUUCUUCUCCUUGGGUUUGCUUGGCAGCUGUUGGGAGAUGAAAAAUUGAAGAUGGUUGACUGCUGCUGAUCCUUUGGCUCACGGCGGGGUGCGAGUUUUGCCAGUCCCAGGUUCGAUUUGAUAUAACAGCCUACUGUUAACAAGCAGUAGGAAUUUAGGGUUGUUUCAUUUUUAAAUGUUGUAAGAAAUGAGCUACAGAAGAGUGUAUUCCUUGUGUACAUUAUUUGUGCAACACCAUUGUCGUAGCUAAAAAUAUACAAGUUUGAGAUGAAUUUUUAAA